GAGAGAGAGAGAGAGAGAGAGAGAGAGAGAGAGAGAGAGAGAGAGAGAGACGUGCCGACGCGGGGAGGACGUCUGGACCACAGCAGCCAGCGGUCUCCUAGAGGAAGCGAGCAUGUCGCGCCGGUCUGCGGCGGAUGUGCGAUGCGCACUCUCCGGCCCCGCGGUUCCUCCAGCCGACUUGCCGUCUGCCGUGGCGUGUGUUUAACGCGGCGGCGCCCGGAGCCGAGGCCGCGCCGACGACCGACGGAGCCCCAAGGAAUCUAAACCGUCCACCGGACCUCCCCUCGGCAAACAUCAGCGGCCGUGAGCCCCCGUUGUGGCCGGUGGGCAUGGUUUUGGAGGGUAGCUCAGAAGCUCUGUGUCCCCCCCCAUCUCUGGAGCUGCGCCCAUCCUGCAACAAGAGCCAGCCCUCCCCACCCCUGAGCUCAGGCUCGCAGCCCCACGACGGGGUCUUCCCAGGGGACAAGGAGCCCAUCAAGUAUGGCGAGCUCAUCGUCCUAGGGCACAACGGUUCGCUGGCCAACGGGGACAAGGGUCGCAGAAGAAGUCGGCUGGCGCUCUACAAGAGGCCCAAAGCCAACGGAGUCAAACCCGACGUCAUCCACAAUGUCUCAACCCCUCUGGUGUCGAAGGCUCUCAGCAACAAAAGCCAGCACAGCAUCUCCUACACACUGUCACGGAGCCACUCUGUCAUUGUGGAGUACACUCAUGACACCAACACAGACAUGUUUCAGAUUGGCCGAUCUACGGAAAGCAUGAUAGACUUCGUGGUGACUGACACAGCGGGCAGCAGCGGCGGUAUUGGCAGUGGUGGGCAGGGCCAGGGAGCUGUCGGGGAAUGCGGAGGAGGAGGCCAGUCGGCCCAGAGCACCAUCUCCCGCUACGCCUGUCGCAUCAUGUGCGAGCGCAGUGCUCCGUACACGGCCCGCAUCUACGCCGCCGGCUUCGACUCGUCCAAGAACAUCUUCUUGGGGGAGAGGGCUGCCAAAUGGAGGACGUCAGAUGGCUUGAUGGACGGUCUGACCACCAACGGGGUGCUGGUGAUGCACCCGGCGGGGGAGUUCGUCUCGGAGCCGGCGCCGGGCGUUUGGAGGGAGAUCUCGGUGUGCGGGAACGUCUUCGCUCUGCGGGAGACGCGCUCGGCCCAACAGAGAGGAAAACUGGUGGAGAACGAGUCCAACACCCUUCAGGACGGCUCUCUGAUUGACCUGUGCGGCGCCACCUUGCUGUGGAGGACCCCCGCCGGAUUGCGUCGCACCCCCACCCUCAAACAGCUGGAGUCCCUUCGCCAGGAGCUCAAUGCCGCCCGCCCCCAGUGCCCCGUGGGAUUCAACACCCUCGCCUUCCCUAGUCUAGCUCAGCGCGAGAUUGUCGACAAAAAGCAGCCCUGGGUCUACGUCAACUGCGGUCACGUGCAUGGCUACCACAACUGGGGCUACCGCAAGGAGAAGGGCCCCGCUGGCCCUGGGGGCACGGCCCCGGCCAGCACCGGGGAAAGGGAGUGCCCCAUGUGCCGGCGCGUGGGCCCCUAUGUGCCCCUGUGGCUGGGCUGCGAGGGUGGCUUGUACCUAGACGCAGGACCGCCCACCCACGCGUUCUGCCCCUGUGGCCACGUGUGCUCGGAAAAGACAGUGGUAGGUUGGAGCCAGAUCCCGCUGCCCCAUGGGACCCACGCCUUCCACGCCGCUUGCCCCUUCUGUGGCACCUGGCUGACUGGGGAACAAGGCCACAUCAAACUCAUCUUCCAGGGCCCCGUCGACUGAGCCCAUGGCGCGGAACGCGGCGAGAAGAGCGGUCCCGAGGUGGUGAAGGUGCUGUCGAGACUGUACUAGCGAACUGACUAGAAAAG